UAAGGUCGAUUUGCAUAUCAUAUAGGCACAGGUCACGGAAGCGUUUGAAAAAGGAAAGAUGGCUACACAACCCCACAGUAAGAAAAGAGUGUGUUAUUACUAUGAUGGUGACAUUGGGAAUUACUACUAUGGCCAGGGACAUCCCAUGAAGCCUCACAGGAUACGCAUGACCCACAAUCUCAUCCUCAAUUAUGGACUCUACAGGAAGAUGGAAAUCUAUAGACCCCACAAAGCCACACAGGAAGAGAUGACUAAGUUCCAUAGUGACGAUUACAUCAAGUUCCUGAGGAGCAUCCGACCAGAUAAUAUGUCUGAAUACAACAAACAGAUGCAGCGCUUCAAUGUUGGAGAGGAUUGUCCGGUGUUUGACGGCAUGUAUGAAUUCUGUCAGCUGUCUACAGGGGGAUCUGUUGCUGGGGCAGUUAAGCUGAACAAACAGGCAUCAGACAUUGCCAUUAACUGGGCCGGAGGUCUUCAUCACGCUAAGAAGUCGGAAGCUUCAGGAUUCUGUUAUGUCAAUGACAUUGUCCUUGCCAUUCUAGAACUUCUCAAAUAUCAUCAGAGAGUGUUAUAUGUGGACAUUGACAUCCAUCAUGGAGACGGAGUUGAGGAAGCUUUCUACACCACCGACCGUGUCAUGACUGUCUCAUUUCAUAAGUACGGGGAGUACUUCCCGGGCACAGGUGAUCUCAGGGAUAUUGGUGCAGGCAAGGGAAAGUACUAUGCAGUGAACUUUCCUCUUCGGGAUGGCAUUGAUGAUGAAUCAUAUGAAUCUAUAUUCAAACCGGUGAUGACCAAAGUCAUGGAGAUGUAUCAGCCGAGUGCUGUGGUGUUACAAUGUGGAGCAGACUCCCUGUCUGGUGACAGACUCGGCUGCUUCAACCUCACACUAAAAGGUCAUGGAAAGUGUGCCGAGUUUAUGAAGAAGUGGAACCUGCCUCUGUUAUUGUUGGGAGGAGGUGGUUACACCAUAAGGAAUGUGGCCCGGUGUUGGACUUACGAAACGUCUAUAGCUCUCGGAGUAGAAAUAGCCAAUGAAUUACCGUACAAUGACUACUUUGAGUACUACGGACCUGACUUCAAACUACACAUCAGUCCAUCAAAUAUGGCCAAUCAAAAUACCGGGGAAUACAUGGACAAAAUCAAAACAAGAUUAUUUGAAAACUUGAGGAUGUUGCCUCACGCUCCAGGUGUUCAAAUGUCAGCCAUUCCUGAAGAUGCUCUAAACGACGAAAGUGACGAUGAAGACAAAGAAAAUCCAGACACUCGAGUCUCCAUUAGAGCAAACGAUAAGAGAAUCGCUUGUGAUGAGGAGUUUUCUGAUAGUGAAGAUGAGGGAGAGGGAGGGAAACGUGACCGACAGAACUAUAAACCCAAGAUGAAGCGACCUCGCACCGACGACGAAAAGAAGGAAGGAGAGAAAGAUGCUAAAGAGCCUAAAAAGGAUUCACCUGCCGAGAACAAAGAGGAACCAGCAAAGGCAGUGGCCGAAAAGACCGAAGAGAAGACCGAAACAGCUGAGAAGAAAGAAUCUGUGACACCCCCAAGUAAACCGGAACAGCCAGCGGAGACAAAGGAGGAUACAAUAAGCGCGACUAAGAUGGAACAUUGACCAACCGUGACCAUGGACCAACCGUGACCUGACGUGUGUACACAGUGGAGCAGCCAGACAUUGCUGUUAACAUUUGAUCCACCAAGAAAGAACAGUGUUCGGUGUCCUUGACAGUGACUGAUGAUAUAGACCCGACUAUUUGUGUGGACGAUCAACAAAUGACAGAUGUGUUUGCUGCAGAUUCGGCUAUAGUUGUGUGGACUGUCAACAAUUAAUAGCUUGUUGUGUGUGCUGCAGAUUCGGCUAUAGUUGUGUGGACUGUCAACAAUUAAUAGCUUGUUGUGUGUGCUGCAGAUUGGCUAUAGUUAGAGAUUACGAACUUAAGCUAUUCCUAAUACAACAGGUAGAACGCGGAUUGAGUUUUGGAAUCGCUAACAGUAUAUGUGAAUGUGUUUCCGUGUGAGUUAGAGGGUGUGCUAGUAUCAUUUGUAUCGCGACUGGAGCAGAACUCCGUUCAUUUAAUGUUUCUCAUCAGAAUAUUCAUAUUCAUCCUAAUGUCAGUAAACUUUCCAAGCCUGUGUUUAAAUUGCAGUUAUUAUAUCAGCUUCAACUUGACAUACUGUGAAGGCAUUUAUUUUGUGGGGAAUUUAUUGUUAUUGACUUUAUGGACACAUGGUAAUCCAGGGCAGUUUUCGUUUAAUCGGUCAAACCGGUCGGACCACCGUUGUUCGUUUAUUAAAUAAGGUCGGACCAAGUAAUCUGGUGCUGCUUUCAGGCGAGCCUUGACAAAGCUUUGCAAGGCCUGCAUAAACAUUUGUCUAAUAGAAAUGAUGAAGCCUUUUAUACGAGUCCGUGACAUGCAAUUUAUUCUAUUCAAAUGAUUUGUUUCAGUACCAUGCUGUUUGCUACACUUAGUUUAAGGUACGCCACACAGUUAUACACUAGCAAUCAAUGUUAGUACAUCUACUGAUUAAGAAUUCAGUACAUGUACAUGCAUGGGCCUGGCUGUUUAUGUUUUUCUCAACAUUUGACGUGUUACUCAAGAUUUGAAUGUUUACAUUCAUAUUAAUUAAAUCUUCGAGAUGACUUUUCUGUGAAUUUAUGUCCCUAUAAAAAGCAGUAAUAUAAUUUAACAGUGAAUUGGGAUGUUUCAUUAAUGACACUGGACUUUUGGAAGUCGGAUCUUCCAUCAUGUACAUAGAUGUAUUUAUUGGUGCCUGUUUAGCAUAGAGAAGGGUGGGAAAACAGUAGUAUGGUAUUUUCAUGUAAUUGCAUUCAAUUUUCGUCUUUACCAUACCCCUCACCUAGUGUUCAAAUAAGUCAUUUUGUCAAUAAUGUCACUAAUUCACACUUUUCAGUUUCUGAAAACCAAGUUAGUAAAACAGGAUAACUCAGAAAUUUCACAGAGAAAUAUCAGGAUACAAUACAUCAUCAAUAUUUUUUUAGGAAUUAAAGAUGGUGACUUUAAGAUUUGAAAGUCUUUGAUGGUAGAAAUGAUUGAGAACAAUCCGGUUUUUUUAUGAUCACACAAUAGUGUUCCUCCAUCAUUAAAGUUGCUCUUAAAACCAA